AUGACACGAUCUGCAGGGCUCAAAAGAACAUCGAAUUGUGCCGAUGUGGAUGGAGAAGAUUCUCCUCGACAGAGAAAGAAAUUUAUUGCAUGUCAGCGCUGCCACACGCAUAAAAUCAAGUGCUCGGGAGACCAACCUUGUAGUAAGUGUCGCGCUGCAGGAGGGAAACCCUUCAGGAAAGAUUGCUUACUAGCAGAAACAAAAAUUAGCUUUCUGGAACAGCUUUUGGAGGAGAAUCGACGAUUCAAGGAACAGUCAGUCUCCUCGGCUGGCAUCGCCGAGACAGGCGGCCCACCACCAGUAGAAGGAACUGUAUCUCUGCCGACACCUGCUAGUGAGGCGCCCGAUUCAACCAGUCAUCGGAACCCUCUCAUCGGCGACCGGGCUUGGUUUCAUCGUUAUGAUUCAUCCUCACCUCCAAUUUACAUUGGUGAAGCGGCAUGUUCCGCAUUUGCGACUCGCUUCCGUCGAUUUCUCACAGGUAAUAACACGGCACCGCAUAUCACACGUACACAGUGGGAGCGCGAAGAGGUCAUCGCAGCAGCAGCCAGUGAUGCUAGCGUGCAGUGGCCAAGCUUGCACCAUGCGCGGCUGCUCGUUCGUAUCGCCAUCAACCAGAUCGGACAUCUGUAUCACCUCAUGAUGAGGAAAACAACCUUGGACCAGCUAGAACAUAUCUACCAAAGUGAGAACUUCGAUUCAGUGGUCGAAAAGUGCAAGUUCUUCGCGCUCUUUGCCUUUGGUCAAGCGUACUCGGUUCGAUCUGACCCUACUGCUGGGCCUCGCGUUCCCGGUACCGGCUACUUUGCGCAAGCCAUGAGCUUGGUGAAUAUCCUGCCGGAGCGAACAAGCCUCACUCACCUUGAGACGUUGCUGUUGCUGUCGCUCUAUUCUUAUUACCUCAACCGGCGACAUUCAGCCUACGUGCUGAUUGGAAAUGCCAUGCGGGUCAGCCUCACAAUCGGCAUGAAUCACAACGUCCCAGAAUCUCAAAUCAUGGAUCCCAUCGAACGUCAGCACCGUAUAGAACUAUGGUGGACAAUCUACAUCUUCGAUCGCAUGUGGGGCUCUAAGAUGGGCCUUCCUAUGCAAAUCCUGGAUGAAGAUAUCCACGUCGAUCUCCCUUCCAUGGUCACGCCCAGCUGGCGUCAUAAGGAAGAGCUCUCUGAUCCAGACUACAUGAAAGCGAACAUCAAACUCGCGCGCAUUGUGGGCGAAACAAUCACUCGAUUAUACAGCAGACGCAAAUAUGAAGAGUCCUUUCUCCAGCGUGUGCAAAAGCUUCUCAAAUCGCUCAAGGAUUGGGUCGAUACCUUGCCUGAGAGUCUGCGGCUCAACAUGGAGGAUCUUGAAUCCAGUAAAAAGCCAGUGGUCUCAUUGCACAUGGCAUUCAAUCAAUGUGUCAUUUUGACGACAAGACCCACGCUGUUGCAUCUGCUCAUCACUUUGCGGAAAAAUAAUGGCACCCGGCCUUUAGGCGACAAUUUUAGAGAUUUGGUCUCGCAGCCAGUGCUGACUCUCAGUGAAGCCUGCAUCCACGCCGCACGACACUCGCAUUCGAUGAUACUCACGCGGUGGAUCAACGGAACCUGCCCGUCCUUUGGCUACUUCCAUGCGCACUAUCUCUUUUCUUCUGCCUUGAUUCUUGCCAUGUCGAGUUUUGUACCAAUUGGGAAUCCCAAGGACAUUUCAGGUUUCGAUUCAGCUCUGGAUGUGCUCCGAUCAAUGUCGGAGAAUGGCAAUCUUGCCGCUGCAGAAUUUUACAAUAAUUUGACGCAAGUGAAGCUAUGCCUGGAUGAAUACAAGGCGGCAACCCAGUCUCAAAAAACAGGCCACGGGUCUGACAUUUCACCCGACGCUGCCUCUGCACAUCCUCAAGAAACGACAGCCUCGAGUCGAAAUACAGCACUGGGACUGGCGACGCAAUCGACUCCAUCAACAAACUUACCGAGGCCCUUCUUUGACGUUUCGGCAGAGUCCGCUGUUCCCACGAACUAUGACUCCGUAUCCGACCAAUCUCAUCAAGGCUUCGACUCGUAUUGCUGGUCGGGCAGCGACAACACCACUGGCUACACAACGCAGAUGGCGUUUUUGGAGCCAACCAUGCAGGAUUUCUUGGCUCAAUCAGACAUUGAUUUGGGCUCGCUACAUCCGGUGGAUACAUUUCUUAGCGAUGCGGAAAAUCUAUAUACCUCUCAUGGUCUAUAG